AUGGAGGAAUUUAAUUGUUGAAAUUUGGAAUCAGCGAUAAAUCUGCCAAAUCACCAAAAAAAGAGAAGUUUAGAUAUAACGAAUAGCAUAAACACAGAUUCAGAAUUGAAUAUUUCUUAUCGUUCUGAAAACAACUCAUAUAUGAGAAAUCAGCCUAAGUAUAUACAGCUAGCGAUACCAAGUUUAUUUAAAGCAAACUCAAUUCAGUUAAGAGGUAGAGGAUCCUCAACGAACCCUUCAACCCCUUCAACAAGUUUGUGGAGAAAGCCAUCAUUAAGUACAAUAAGUAAAUCAAAUAUUUCUGCUGAAAACUGCUCUUUAUCCCCAAAACGAUGCUUAAUUCCUAUGUCUAAGGUUUCCUCAUGUGAAGUAAAUUUGCCUAUAAAAUUCCAAGAAGAUUUGCUAAAGAGAACUAUGGAGAGAAAAGCGCUUGCACAAGUUGUAAAACUGAAAAAUGAUAGAGAAAUUAGCGUUGAAAGUCAUAGGAGACCGAAAGAGGGAGAUGAUAAACCUCUUAAUGCAAGUAAGAAGUUAUUUGAAAAAGAAAGCUCGACUUAUAAGAUUGCUUGUUCUAAUAGCAAAGAAAUGAAAUACACAGAAAUAUAUGCAAGGCAGCAACAAAUGAAAGAAAAUGCUCUAAACACAACAGUGCUUGGAGUCAGUACGAAGCUAAACAUAACAAAUGGAGUAAGAGGACUUGGAUAUUCUCAAAAAAGGAGAACAAAAGGUCAAGAAAACUUGACUAUAGAAGUAAAGCAUGCCUUUUCAUCUAAUACGGAAAAUGAAAUUGAAAGUCCUUUCUCUUCGAAAGAUUUAGAACAAAGAUACAAUAAAUUGACAGGGCAGCUGGAUUAUAUAUCAAAAAGGAUUCAAGAUGUUAUAGGUAAAUGCUCUGAUUAA